UGCAACGACGACGACAGCAUCUCAUUAGCUCAUUUUGAACAAACGCAAACGGUAGGUCAGCAGUUUACAAAGAGUGCAGAUUCCAUAAUCACUGUGCAAAGUUCCCUCCCGGAGAAGAUAGGCUCAAAGUUUGAUCACAGUUUUCGGCUUCAAAAUGCUUCGAAGUGCGCGCUUUGCUGUUUGUGUGGUUCAACGGAGACUGCUCCACAUAUCACCGAAAGUUUCAUACUCAUCUGGGAUCGAAGUCCAAUCAUCGGCUGUCGAUAAUCAGAGCUACGUUCACCUCCCGGAUGCCAAACCACUGCUGUACAGAAACAUUGGGCAGCAUCUGCGGCAGGCAGCGGAGAACUACCCGAACAAUGAAGCGUUGGUGUCCUGCCAUGAAGCUAAGCGAUUCUCGUUUUCCGACGUUAUGGACAAGGUUGAUCGCAUCGCCAGUAGUCUUCAUCUGCUUGGUUUGGAAAAGGGCGAUCGCGUUGGAAUUUGGGCUCCAAAUUGCUCGGCUUACUAUCUGACCAAUUUGGCCGUGGCUCGUGCCGGAAUGAUUGCUGUUGGGAUAAAUCCGGCCUUCCAACUGCCAGAGAUUGAAUACGCACUGAACAAAGUACAAGUGAAAGCCCUGGUAACCAUCGAGAGCUUCAGAACGCAGAAGUACUACGAUAUGCUGUGUCAGUUGAUGCCGGAGCUUGCCGAUAGCUCUCCUGGAAAACUAAAAGCUGCCACAGUUCCUUCCUUGAAAAUGGUCAUCGUGGAUACAGAAGCGAAAAAGCUACCCGGCACCAUGACCCUGAACGAAUUGAUGCAAAUCCCUUCCGAGCAGGAAAUCUCCAAAAUAGAGUCCCUUCAAGCGUCCAUCUCCCCAGACGACGGGGCCUGCCUGAUGUUCACCUCCGGAACAACGGGUCAACCGAAAGCUGCCCUGUUGUCUCACUUUGGAGUCAUCAACAAUGGAACUCAUUCGGCACACCGAUUGGAAUUGGAUCGUAAACAACACCGUAUAUGUGUACAGGUUCCGCUGUUCCAUGUAUUUGGCAUGUCCCUCGGAGCUAUGGCAUCGCUCAACUACGGGACUACGCUGGUCUUCCCGUCCGCUGGGUUCCAAGCCACGGCGUCCUUGAAGACAAUCAGCGAGGAAAAGUGCACCCUUAUCUACGGAACUCCAACCAUGUUCGUGGAUUUGCUGAACGAACUUCGCCGGGAGAGCAGGGAACUUCCUGAGAUCGACUUUGCCCUGAUCGGAGCUUCCAGUUGCUCGCCGAAUCUGAUUUUGGAAGUUAAGGAAGCCAUGCGUGUGCGAGAGGUCCUCGCUGGAUAUGGAAUGACGGAAGCUUCGGGGGCUACUUUCACGUCCGACCUGGGGGAUUCAACGGACGUAGCUCUGUCUACGGUGGGACGAGUUAUGGAGCAUUUCGAGGCAAAGGUCGUUGAUAGCGACGGUAAUGCGGUGCCUUAUGGGACACCGGGAGAACUGUGGCUCCGAGGGUACGGCACCAUGCUUGGCUAUUGGGAAGACGACCUCAAGACGAAAGAGGUGAUCGCUGCGGAUCGGUGGUUGAAAACGGGUGACCAGUUUGUGCUUCGGCCGGACGGGUACGGAACGGUGGUCGGUCGGAUGAAGGAAGUUAUCAUCAGAGGCGGAGAAAAUGUGUACCCCAAGGAGAUUGAGGAUGUGCUGAACACCCAUCCUGACCUGCUGGAAACUUACUGCAUCGGAGUUCCGGAUGAGCGGUUGGUGGAGGAAAUUUGUGCAUUUGUGAGGGUAAUGGACUCGGUUAAGGAGGAAGCAGUGACACUGGAGGGGGUUAGGGAGUUUUGUCAAGGACGGCUGUCAAAUUUUAAGAUCCCAAGGCACUUGAGGAUAGUUGAACAAUUCCCAAAGACGACCUCCGGGAAGAUUCAGAAAUUUAAGUUGCUCGAAAUGUUCGAGAACGAAAAUAAAGCUUGA